AUGAAGGUACAGAAGAGCUACGCUAGUGAAGGAGGGGAUGCAGAUAAAGGAGAACUACGGGACGACAUUCCAGAGAUCAACAGAGAUCUCGAUCACCUGUUCCAGGGAGACAUCGCCGGGGAUCCCCGGAGGAACGCCAUCCUGAACGAGACGAUGCGCUGGACCUUCCCCAUCCCCUACCUCCUCACCGACUCCCUCGACCUGAACGCCAAGGGGGUGAUCCUGCAGGCCAUGGAGGCCUACCGCCUCAAGUCCUGCGUGGACUUCAAACCCUACGAAGGAGAAGCCUCAUACCUGUCCUUCACCAAGCUGUCCGGGUGCUGGUCCUUCGUGGGGGACCUGAAGGAGGGCCACGCCCAGGGCCAGAACGUGUCCAUCGGGGCUGGCUGCGACACACGCGCCGUCGUGGAGCACGAGCUGCUGCACGCGUUGGGCUUCUACCACGAGCAGUCCCGCGCCGACCGGGACAACUACGUCCACAUCGCGUGGGACCAGAUCCUGGAAGGGAAGGAGCACAACUUCAACAAGUACGAGGACGACUUCAUCACAGACCUGAACACGGCGUACGACUACGAGUCCAUCAUGCACUACCGACCGUUCUCCUUCAACAAGGACCCCUUGGUGCCCACCAUCACCACCGCCAUCCCUGCCUUCAACGCCCUCAUCGGCCAGCGCCUCGACUUCAGCGCCACCGACCUCACCCGGCUCAACCGCAUGUACGACUGUGCCCAGAGCCUGACCCUACUGGACCAGUGCUCCUUUGAGCUCAUCAACAUCUGUGGGAUGAUCCAGAACCAGAAGGACCACGCAGACUGGAUCCAGACCCUCAGCACCCCCGGCCAGCCCGACCACACUCUGCUGGGCCGCUGCCGAGACGCGGGGUACUUCAUGGGCUUCGACGUGGCGGGGGGCCCGGCGGGGGCCAGCGCCCUGCUGGAGUCCCGGGUCCUUCACCCGCGCCGGGACCAGCAGUGCCUCCAGUUCUUCUACCGGACCGGCCUCACGCCGGGGGACCGGCUGGUGGUCUGGGUCCGCACGGACGACGGCACCGGGGUGGUCCGCAGGGUCCGCAAGAUACACACCAUCACAGGUGAGGGGACGGGCCGCUGGCACCUGGCCCAUGUGACUCUGCGGCAGACGGAGAAGUUCCGCUACUUCUUCCAGGGCGUGCGGGGCUCCGCCUCCUCCACGGGCGCCAUCUCGCUCGAUGACAUCACGCUCAGCGAGACCGUCUGCCCGAGCGCCGUCUGGCAGAUCUCGAACUUCUCGCUGGUGGGCGUGGCCCCGGGCACGGCCCUCACCAGCCGCUGCUACUCCAGCCCCGAGGGCUACUCCUUCGGGCUCCGCCUCUACCCCCGGGGCUUUGACCCCUCCUACCGGGACUACCUGGCCCUGACCGUCCACCUGUGCUCCGGGCCGGACGACGCGGUGAUGGAGUGGCCGGCGCUGCACCGGCAGGUGACCGUCACGGUGCUGGACCAAGACGCCGACGCCACCCGCACCAUGUCCUCCAGCCGCAGCUUCACCACCGACGCAGCGGGGCCCUGGGAGAGACCCACCGCGACCUCCUCGGCCACCUGGGACCCCAGCUGCAGCUGUUACCGCGGCAAAGACUUUGGCUGGCCCACCUUCAUGUCCCACGAUCAGCUUGGGAGGCGGAGCUUCCUGAAGAAUGAUGACCUCAUCAUCACCGCCGACUUCAACGACCUGACCCACCUCCUCCGUACCGAGGAGAGGCCAGCAGCGCGUACUGAUGACGUCACAGACCCUGGUGACAUCACAGGGGCGGAGCCAGCCAAAGGGCAGGACGGGGGGCGGGCCCGGGAGCGGCGUGCGGCCAGCGGGGACCCCUGCUCCCCCAACCCCUGCCUCCACCGAGGGGUGUGUGUCAACACACACGGCGCCGCAAGCUGCAGGUGUGCAUCUGGUCGUGCCACUUUCUACACUGGCGAGACAUGUCACAUGAUGCGUUACCAUGGCGACGUACUGGGGGCUGUGAUCGGUGGCGUGGCGGGCAUCGUCGUCAUGACGACCUCCAUCCUGGCCGUGCUCAGGAGGCGUCGGCCCGGCGGUCACUGAGAGUGUCACGUUCUCGCAUCAUGCAACACGCCGGAGACGUGUUGUGACGUUAAGAGGCAUGUGUGAAUAUUUAGGAGUUACAUUAAUAUAACAAUGUAAUCGUUGGCUUAACUCAGGAGGUAGAGCAGUUGUCUUGUAAUCUAAAGGUUCCUAGUUCGAUCCCCUGCUCCUCCUAGCUGAGUGUUGAUGUGUC